AUGGCCGCAUCAAAUAUCAAGACGAGGAUCCUCGUCAUCUCCGAUACUCACGGCAAGAAACCUCUUGAGGCUGGCUCCGAUGAGACUACGAACCCGCCAACACAGGCCUACCGUUACCCUCUACCCAAGGCAGACAUCGCCAUCCACUGUGGCGACCUUACGUUGGGCUCGAAUGUUGAGGAGUUCGAGGCCACCUUCUCCAUGAUCCGGGCGCUUGAUGCACCUCUCAAGCUUGUUAUAGCUGGCAACCAUGAUCUCGCUCUCGAUCGCGCUUUUUGGGAGGAUCACGCCCUUCAUGGCUUCCAAGCUAAGUACCUCACAGGGAAAAAGAGGGAACUUUACAUGAAACGCCCGGAUCAGGUUGCCGCCAUCAUUGAGGCUGCAAAACAAGACGGCGUGCGCUACCUCGAGGAAGGCCCGCACGAGGUGGAGCUACAGAAUGGCGCGAGGCUGCGCGUGUAUGCCUCCCCCAUGACGCCCGAGUUCGGUGGAUGGGCGUUUCAGUACCCCUAUGGUCAGCACGACUAUGACAUGCCGAUUGGGGGUAUUGACAUCGCCAUCACGCAUGGGCCCCCGAAGAGAGUAAUGGACGAGUGCAGAAGCGGAGACGAAGCCGGCUGCCCGCAGCUUUUCGGUGCUGUUGCAAAAGCCAGGCCCAAGAUCCACUGCUUCGGCCACAUCCAUGAGGCCUGGGGCGCCGAACUUGUGACUUGGAGAAGCCCUUUGGACAUGCCGAUGAAUGUUCACUUCAAUAAUGCCGUGGACUGGGGACAAUCGAGAGUUUUACACAACUUGAACCGACUCGUUCCAGGCGAGUGGGAUAGCAAAGAGGAGGCAGAGACGAAGAUGGAAAGGAGAAGGAAGAUGUACGAGGAGAAGUGCGCACCUCUUGACAUAUCUUCAAGCGGGCCCUCGCCUCUACGGUUUGGCGAGCAGACAUUGUUCUUGAAUGCCGCGAUCAUGGACAUUCACUACCAUCCGACAAACGUGCCGUGGUUGGUCGAUGUGGAUCUGCCGGUUUCUGGAGCAAGCGAGUAG